AUGCCCGAAGACGAUUUUGACAUUUACGGGGAGGAUGAAGGGUUCAACUCCACUAAGCCUGUAGAGGGUCUUGAGGAGGAGCAAGCUGCACCCGACACGAACGAGAUCCAAGGUGAACAUCGCUCCAGCUCCCCCGUCACAGGAGAGAAGAGGCAGCGUGAAGACGACGAGCCUGAGUCUGACGACCGCAUGAACGGUGGGCACUCGUCGCCACCCAAGGAGCUCGAGAUCCAGUCAACCGCUGAUGCUCGGAGCCCCGGAGCGUCUAACGGUUUUUCUGGAGGGACAACGCCUGGUGUUCCGUCGGUCAGCGGCGGUGCCGCUGGACAGGGUGCCUUUGACGCGUUAUAUAUCGGUGAUUUGCAAUGGUGGACGACUGAUGAGGACGUGCGGCAAGUAGCGCUCAACACUGGCGUGACACUGGACCAUAAGGACAUCACCUUCUCCGAGCACAAGGUAAAUGGUAAAAGCAAAGGAAUUGCCUACGUGGAGUGUCAUAGCUUCGAGAGUGCAUCAGCCCUGAAGAAUUGGUUCGACAACAAUGACUUCCAGAAUCGCCGAGCCACGGCAAAUUACACGAGCACAUCACAAGGGAAUCCCUUCCGGACCCUGCCCAAAGAGCCCCCACCGCGCGAGAUGCGCCACGGCGGUCAGAUGCAGAGCGGAGUGGGGUCCAACCCUGGCCGCGGCGGCGGCAACUUCCGCGGAGGAGGUAUGCAGAACAACAACAUGGGCGCGAACAUGGGUAUGAACAUGCGCGGCGGCAUGAUGGGCAACGGCGGCAUGAUGCGCGGCGGCAUGCCUAACAUGAUGGGCAUGGCAUGGGUGGUAUGGGUGGUAUGGGCGGUAUGGGUAUGGGUAUGGGCGGCAUCGGAGGCGGAGGCAUGGGCAUGGGCGGUAUGGGCGGCGGACGCAGCGGGAUGA